AUGGUUAUUUUUAAUGGAUGGAGAUGCCCACAGAAAGAUUGGAUAAAAUUAUUAGACUGCAUGCACUCUAUGCACCUAUCUACCUGGAAACAAGCUGAAAUUUACGAUGCUAUUACAAACUCGACCUUCCAGAUUCACCAGAAUAAUGAUCUAAUUUUUGAGGUUGCGGAGAAGUGGUGUGCCAGGACCAAUACAUUCUUGUUCCCGUGGGGAGAAACUACAAUCAGCUUGGAGGACAUGAUGUUUCUGUGGUCUUUUUCUGUUUUAGGCGACUUAGUUUCAAGUACUGAUGGAUACGACAAAAUGGAUGUGACUACAAAAGAACUACUUAAGGCACCAUUCGAUCAUUCCCAGAAUAGAGCAAGGAAAUCCACCCCGUUUCCCUGGAUGGUAAAAUUCAUGGACUGUGGAAGUAAAUUUGAGCAUGAAGCGCUUCUUGCACACUGGCUGUCGGCGAAAAUAUUCUCUCCAUUGCAGUUCAUUUAG